CAGCGCGGCUUGCUCGGUUGUCUUGGAGAAGCAAGAUGGCGGCGACGGCGGCUGCCGUGGUUGCCGAGGAGGACACGGAGCUGCGGGACCUGCUGGUGCAGACGCUGGAGAACAGCGGCGUCCUGAACCGCAUCAAGGCUGAACUCCGAGCGGCGGUGUUUCUGGCACUAGAGGAACAAGAGAAAGUGGAGAACAAAACUCCUUUAGUUAAUGAGAGCCUGAAAAAGUUUUUAAACACAAAAGAUGGUCGUGUGGUGGCCAGUCUUGUUGUGGAAUUCCUUCAGUUUUUUAACCUUGACUUUACCUUGGCAGUUUUUCAUCCUGAAACUAGCACAUUUCAAGGUCUUGAAGGUCGAGAGAAUUUAGCCCGUGACUUGGGUAUCAUUGAAGCAGAAGGUACCGUGGGUGGACCCUUACUAUUAGAAGUGAUUAGACGCUGUCAGCAGAAAGAGAAAGGGCCCACCAGUGGGGAAGGUGCACUGGAUCUAUCUGAUGUACAUCCUCCACCACACUCACCGGAAGGAAAAACAAGUGCCAGCACAACCCCAAGUAAGAUACCAAGGUAUAAAGGACAAGGUAAGAAGAAGACAAGCGGGCAGAAGUCUGGUGAAAAGAAGACCAACAGUGAGGCCAGUCAGAGCGAGACGAGCAUUUCCUUGUCAGAACCAAAGAGCAAAAGCAGUCCGCACUCACUGCCCCAUGAAACAAAACUCGGGUCUCUCUUAAGCAGUACCCCUUUAGAUGCCAAAAAUGACAGAGCUGACCUUGUUCCAGAUGAAGAUGAUGUGGAAGGAGAUUCUUUCUUUGAUGAUCCCAUUCCUAAGCCAGAAAAAACUUACGGUUGGCGAAGUGAACCUCGGAAGCAGGUGGGAAGCUUGGCCUCGCUCUCUGAUGCACCCCCCUUAAGGAGUGGCCUCAGCUCCCUGGCAGGAGCCCCUUCCUUAAAAGAUUCUGAAAGUCACAGGGGAAGCACGGUUCUGAAGGAUUUGAAACUGGUCACGGAAAAAAUUGAAGCACUUGGAUUAGGGAAUGGAGAAGAUGACGACUAUGUUGAUGACUUUAAUAGUGCUAGCCAUCGCUCAGAAAAAAGUGAGUUAAGUAUUGGUGAAGAGAUUGAUGAAGACCUUUCCGUGGGAGGAGAUGAUUUGAAUACCAGUGAUAAAGUAAGCUCGAUGACCUCACUCAGGAUCUGACUGUCUCCCAGCUCAGUGAUGUAGCAGAUUACCUGGAAGACGUUGCAUAGACACAGAGAAGGACCCGCGAAGCUAAAGACCAGAGAGUUCCAGUGUGCUCACAGUCAGUCACUGCUGGCAUGUCUGCUCCCUGUGCCGCCUUGCAUUUCACAUGGACUGCAGAGUUUUUAAAUUUAACUUCUCAUUUUACUGAGUAAAAUGCUUCCAUAUGAGCCCGUGUAGAAGAUGUAACCUCGCUACUUUGGUUCAGCUGUGCGUUCUCUGCGGGUGUGAACUGCACUCACACUCACUAUGGGGAAGGAACCCACAAAGACAUCAGUGGUAAGCGCACACCAGCUUAACGAGAGCCAUCAAUAAAGCCACCGUAGCUUUGCACAACUGUCUUAUGUGGCUGUUAGAGCGUUGAUCUUUGCAGCUUGAGUUUUAGCCACCUGAAAUCAAAGCUGACCCACCUAGUGGACUCUUCUUGGAGACAGAGUCUCACAUAUUCCAGGUUGUCCACAAACUUGCUGUGUAGCUAAGGAUUCCAUUGAACUUCUGAUCCUCCUGCCUUCAUCUCCCAAGUGCUGGGAUUACAGGUGUGCCCUGCCACACCCAUUCUGUACAUUGAGCUAGUACUCACUAGGCCCUGGGUUCAAUCCCAAACAUUCUACCAGCCGAACAGUAUCUCAGCCCACUUACUGUAGUUGGUGUUAGGUAGUUCUGUUCCUUGUUGGUGAGGUGACUGGUAAGCCUGUGAUGCCACAGUAUAUUAGUGUAAGGUAAACUGGAUGGAUCAACUUCAUUUUGUAUUUCCUUCCAUUUGGAAGGUUUGUUAGACCAUUAAGGUUUUAUUAAAGUACUCUUGUGUGUGCUAUUUAGUUUUGCUUUUUUGAAAAGGGAAUCUACAAGUGGUUAGGACUUUGAAUUCAUAGACUUGUCACUAACAGGUAGCAUUCAUGGUCGCCAUUCUUCCUGCUGCCUAAAAGCAGCUGCAGUCACAGGUUCUCUUCUUUAUAGCUGUAAGUUAUUAUUUAUAAGAUGCCUUGAAACAUUAAAUACCAAACUGCAUCUGAAACCAUUAAGCAGUGCUUUUAUUUCAGACCUGUAAGUUGGUGAUCCUUAAAUCCAAAUUGGAAUGAAAUAGUAGUAAUGGCCUAAGACCAGGUGUACUCAUUUGACGGACUUUAUAACUACAUGAUUUCACUGUGAUCAUUUCAAAGUGCAGCCAAUAGUAGAAUUUCCUACAGUCUCCAUUAUGCUGUUCGGCAUUGUGCAGUGGAGACAAAGGUCACUGACAUUGCAGUGCUAAAGUAUUCAAGAAGGUGCCAGUAGGAAAAAUGAGUCAGUGCAUGCUUACUCAUAUAGAUUUAAGUAAAGCUAUGAUUGUAUUAGACUUUGAUAGUUUAUUUCAAUUAUGACUUUAUUAAGGGUUAUUUUUAUUAAUAAAAAGAUAAGUUAGAUAUAAUUCAUUGAUCUCAGUAAUUGAACAGAUGAUGUGGUUUGUAUUAAUGCCUUUUUCCAUUUUAUAUUAGCCUAAGUAUUAUAGAGAUAGAGAAAAUGCAAAUUUGGCAGAUUCAGACUACCUACCAUUAGAACCUGGCUUUCUAAAACUUAUGUAAAACUUGAGCUAUAAACAUGGGGAGAAAGUAACAGAACAUAAGCCAGAAAGCCCCAUGCUUCUGUCCUCAGUGGGCCAAGCAACCAGGACUCCCUAGUAUCCCCAUGGUGGGCCCGGUUCCUUGGGGUCUGCUAGGUGAAAGCUGUGCAUGGCCCCCAUGUGCUCUCUGAAGCACAGCUCUUGAAUCUGGAUCAUGUGUGAUUUUAACAGUGGGGAGACACUACUUUGGAAUAAACUGAUCUGACUUAGCCACAGGGAAAGUGAAAUUUUUCCAUUUUAUGUUACCCAGUGACUGAUUUGGGUAUAGUGAGGAGGAUAAGGAGAAAAAACCAAAUUUGCAAUGCUGUUGUCACUGCAUACAAGUUAUUGAAUAACUAAAUAAUUUCAAAUUCACCUAGAAGUUGUUUCUUCACAUAUUCCUUACCUGUUAACCCUUAAUGUGAAGUGACAGGUUUUGCCUGGGAUUAAUGUUUCCUUUUGUAAAAAGUUGAUUAAAAUGUUACCCUACAA